AUGUCUGCCCCCAAGGAAACCUCACCUACCCGAAGAGACUACUCCAGAGGAGGUUGCAGGGAGUGCAAACGUAGAAAGAUAAAGUGUGAUGAAACAAAGCCAUUCUGUGCUCACUGCACCAGGCUCAAGAAAGAAUGUACUUAUCCCAAAGUAGGUGAAAAAGUGCUUCGGGUCAGCCGGCGAUACUUGGACGAAAACCCCACCCCUCCACCAAUGGACUCCACUCCCAAGGAUCUUAAUAUCAAGGUGUAUCUGGGUACAGAAGGCUUCAAGAAGAAGAAAAAGCCUCGAAGGGCAAGUGAUUUAUCCAGUUCUAUCAAGAUCGAAGAAUCUCCGCUCCCGGUUUCGGCCUCCCCAAUCAACACUAUAAUUAAUGAUACUCCAAGCUCUUUCGAAUCUUUCGCGAGAGAUACGCCAAUCCCAAUGACUGCCAACUCGUUCCCAAGCGACGAUAUUCCAACUAACGCAUUUGCAAACACAACUUCACUAAGUGAUGCGGGGCUUUAUGCGAACGACAGCCCCACCUCCUCAAUUGCCUGGGAUAACUUAUACAGUCACGAAGACUUGAAUCUUUUGGCUUCAGAUUUAAACACUAUUGUCAAUGAUAUUAUGUUUCAAUCAAACUUCAAAAAUACACUAGACUCCGAUUUCACUAGGCUGGAACCUCUAAAAAUGGUCGGGAGUAGUAUUAACCCAGGUGACGAAAUUCCUAAACACAUAGCAGUUGACUUUAUAAAAGUUAAUACUGGGCAUGAGCGAAUUUAUCUUGAGGAUUUUUAUCACAGUUUUGCAAAUCAAUUACUUCCAUUUGGGGCAUACGAUCCAGCUCAAAAAAUUUAUGCGAACCCAAUCAGAGACGUGCUUAUGAAGUAUGCUUCUCAAGAACCCUUCUUACUAGCAGCCAUUCUAGCUCAAGGUGCUAAAACCUCUUAUGAUAAAAAUCAUCUUCAACGGGACCAAGAGGCAUACUGUUCAUAUCUUUCAACAUGCUUGAAUCUCCUUGGCCCAGCAUUGAGCAGGAAUAGAGAUAAGAGUGUCAAAAAUGAUUUGACAUCAAACAUAGAAGCGAUUCUUUUAACGGUCCUCCUUUUGACAUCCGCUAACGCUGCCAACAAACAACAGGGCUGGAGACCUCAUUUAAAGGGUGCAAAAGAUAUUAUUCUCAAAGCAACCAAUAGUCGAAUUAGACAAUCUAAGACUUUAAUAAUAUGUAAAGUUUGGUUCAUUGAUUUUGAGAUGUUAGCAGGGUUGAGUUCGCCACUUGGUGGUACCUUGAAAACCAACGAAGAACUCGUUUCAGUGGUCAAUAUUGACGAUGAAUAUGAACAAUCAGUUUUAAGAGACUAUGGUCUUCUUCGUGGUAAUGGAUUCAAUAUAAUGUUUGGUUACAACCAUAUCACCACAUAUCUUUUCCGAGAUUUAAUCAAGAUCUUCAAUUUAAGACGAACAUGUGGAGACAAAUUUAGAGCCAAAGAUUCAUUGGAUUACUUGCGACUUUUGGCUGGAUUCUACGAGCAGUAUAACGUGGUUUAUCUUUCGCAAGAAUGUAUUUCAACCACCGUCACCGGAGACUUGUGUGAUGUGAUUUUUGUUCAGAAUGAGAACAUAUGUAUUAGUUGGAUGGAUCUUUCACAGCAGGCAUAUUCGUUGGCGGGGAUUAUCACCAUUCUCACCGAGAUUUUGGGGCAGCCGUAUUAUGCGGUGCACAUCCAGGAUCUUUGUCUCAACAAGCAGUUGAUUGCAUUGGUAUCGUUUCUCAAGGACUGCCCUGGAAUUCCUGAGCAAGGCAUCAAAAAUUCAGUGAUGAUGAUCCAGUGGCCUAUGCUUGUGGCAGGCAUCAACUGCAUGUUCGAGGACGAGAAGUACGUGUUGAUGAAGUUCUUCCGUAUUUCUGCCCAGCUUGGGUCUGGGAGUGCUGAAAUCGCCUUGAAGAGAAUCGUUCGGGUGUGGGAGAAGCGGGACCUGGGCGAGGACAUCGAUACCGAGGAGGAGAACGAUCUUGAUGUGGUGCUGUACUAA